GGUUAUUUAGGUGUGUGCAGCAGGAAAAGUGUUGGUCUUGUUGCCGCGGUUACAUCGCAUAAUGAGGGGGUUGUUAUUGAUUUUCCACAUCAGUCAAGUGACUCUGAUUUGCCGUAAACAAGAUUAAAUUUUUGUACCACUUCUUACUAACAAGAUUUCCGGCGUCCGCCGGAAUUUCGCUCUCUAGAGACGAUGUUGGAACUGUGUAAAACGAGCAAACGAAUUAUACCGAGUGCUUCUUCUUCUUUCAUACGAAAAACGAGUAUUUUAUUUCCUCAUUCGAACUCUAAAGAUUUAUGCAUUUUUCUUGUUUUCUGUGACGAGCAACGAUCCAUUCUCUUCGAACAGGCAACACAGGCAUUUAUUAAUUUCUGAACUGUCAUGGCGCGUCUGAUUUGGGUGAACCCGACCAGGAAAAUGUCGCCGGUCGACCGUUCUCACUGGCUCACCAUAUUUGCAUUAACUCUGCUAUUCGUAUCAUACAACAUAGCCAAUGCUGGAAUCAAUCAUUUAGAUAUUGAAGACAAUGAAUUUGCUGAAUUUGAAGAUUUUGAUGUGGAAGAUGUAGUUGCAGGAGUGGCUUCUGAACAGAAGAAUGUGGUUCAUGAACAUGAAGAUCCACCAUCACACGAACCCGAUAAGGAAGUGGAAGCAGCUGAUGAAGAUGAAGCUACCGUCGAAACAGAAGAUAACGAGUUUGAACAUGUGGAUGAAGAUGAGUAUGAGGGAUACGAAAAAGAUUCUACUUCUAAACCUGAUCUCAAACUGAAUGAAGGGCCCAAAAUUACUUUUGCUCAGCUUCCAGCUCAUCUCCGAUCCAACUGGGAAAGCUAUUAUUUGGAACUCAUGAUACUUGCUGGUCUUGUUCUCUACUUUUUUAACUUCUUUCUGGGUCGCAGCAAAAAUCAGCGCAUUGCUGAGACUUGGUAUUCAGCCUUCAAAGGGCCUCUUCUUGAGAAGUUUGCUUUAGUAGGAGAUGACGGAAAAUUGGAAAACAGUCAACCUGGCCUCAUGAAAGAAUCUGAAAAUGUUUACCUACUGUGGUGUAGUGGUAGAACUGGUUGUGAAGCUGUUUUGUUUGAGCUAAGGCUCUUGAAACGGCAAGAUCUGGUGGCCAUGGUGAUGAAUCUGUUUAGACCACAACAAGAUCAAGUGCACGUCAAAGUUUUCAUGAACGAUUCAGACAUGGACUCGUUCGUCAUGUGCCUGGCUGCCAAAAAGACGGCAACCCGCCUCAUCAGAGAGAUGGCAGACAUCAGUGUGUAUUGCCCAGAGAAAAAAUCUGCCGUUGAAAAGUUUGGUCUUCCAACGAACUUUGUCUUGAUGUCAGAAAUCGGCGAAGCUUCCACCACAUUGCUGGAUGCUCGAGUGUGUUCCCUCAUCAAUAAUAUCCCGGAAGUCAUCGAGUCUAUCCACUUUUCAGACCAGUAUUCCGGACCCAAACAGACGGAAGAUACGGCGCCCAGCAAGAUGCCAGAAGUUAAAAAGAUGCUCAUCUUCAAUUUCAACCUGCCUUUAAAGAAUGGCAAGAGCAUCGUUGAGGCGGUGGAAAUUAUCCGUCCAGCUAUCAUGUUGACUUUCUACUGCAUUGACCGUGUCAAGCGGUUCCGCUUGAGCAAGGAGUUUAAAUCAAAGGCGGAGAAGAAUCGUCAGAAAGUUGAGGAGGCCUUCCUCAAAUCGACUCACGCUGCCCGAGCCGAAGCUGCAGCUGCCCGACGCGAGGAAAAGCGCCGUCUGGAAAAGGAAAAAAUUCUCCAAGACGAUGAUCCAGAAAAGCAGCGAAAAUGGGAGGAAAAGGAGAACAAACGGUUGGCCAAGAAGAGAAUGCCCAAAAUGAAAGCCAUUAAGGUUUAAAAGACUUAAGUUCUUUGACUUUGUUUUCGUCACGCGUUUUGGUUAUUUUGCUCAGACGGUUUUUGUGUUGUUUAAGUUUUCAAUCAUCCCCGUAUUUUAGGUAGAAUGUGUUCUACUUAUGGUGUCAGGGAUUGGAAUUCCUGCCGCCAUCUCCUUUCUUAUGUAAAGCAUAUUAAAGUGCGAGAUUUAUUUUCAAUGUAGUCACUACUUCCAUCAAAGAAAAUAAAAGUCCUCCAUAUUAGCUACAAAAACAGGAUGCAUGUUGUUGCCUUGUUUCGGUUUGAGUUCGUGAUUGGUUUCGUCUCACGUAACCGUGUCAUCAGGUCCCCAGAAGAAAAGACCACCUGGAUUGAGGCUAAUUUCUCUUUCGCUGUAUGACCGUUUACUCAGAGAAUCUUUUUAAUGAAGAAUUUUUUCACCCUGACAGUAUACAAUGUUUUCCAAUUAUGUGUCAUUUUCUGCCUUUGUCAGUGCUGUAUACGUGCAGUUCGGCAAGUAAAUUGAACCCAACAUG